UAUGUAACAUUUGCAUAUAUCGCGCCUUCUUGGUUUACUUCCACAAUGCCCACUUGUCUUGUGAGCGUUGCCAAUUUAGAAACUUUGUCGCUAUAUUAAGCGAGUUUUCAGACCCCUCCAGCGACGUUUAUUGGUAAAGGAUUCCAGCGACAAAUUCAGAUUUUCUUUUUCAGGCUGCCUUUGGGGUUUUGACGCAGAGGGUGUCUAUGAUUUUAACAGCAUUUAGCGACUUUUCCCACUCAAUUCUACCGCAAACAACAGUGGUUGAAGGUGCAGGCUACUUGUGCAACAUUAGUCACAUCAACGACGCACCCACAUGCCGCGUUCACGUACUAGUUGAAACCAGGAAACUGACAUUUCCUGGUUGCACGCGUGUAUAACUUCAACCUAUUAGCAAGUCGGACAUUUCAGAGUUUCUUAGUUCCAACUAGCACUUGAACGCGGCAAUAAUCAAGAGAGGCACAACGUGCGGCGGAAAAGGGCGAAAACGCGACGUGGAGACCGCAGUUGUGCCGCAUCAAGCCAAAUUCAUGAUGUGACGCCGUCGCGGAAACGGUAAAACGUAAUCUAGCGUCUUCUAGCGACAAAUCAAGGAGCCAAUAGCUGUAAUCACUGAAAAAAGUCGUCAACCCUGCACGGUGUCAACGUGCUUUUCAUGGUAGGAUCGCGUAGUAAACAGAGGCAGAGGUCCGAGUGGAGCUCAUUACUACUGAAGAAAUCUAUGCACAUUUCACAAGGAAACGCUGUUCGUUGAAUGAAGCUUUACGGACGAGAAAAUAAUAUGCAUACGUUUAGAUGGUUAGCGGACCAGUUACAUUUUUAGAAUACAAAAGAAGUUCGACAUCAAGAUAGUAUCCCCUCUUGCAUAGCUAUAGAUAGCGUCUGUCCAUUUUUCACUGUGUGAAACGUGUUUUUUUUAAAUGCGUUUCUCACAUUAUGCUGCUGGUUUGCAAAUCUAGGACAACGUUAUCUCGAGGAACAAUAAAUCAGCAAUUUUUUAUCCAUGGUGUUUGCAAGUUGUAAAGAGAUGGAUGGUAUCGGGAACACAAUGCAGAAGAAGGCUGCGGAGCUCGAGCGCAUGGCCGAGGUUCUCGUCACCGGAGAGCAGUUGAGGCUGCGUCUCCAUGAAGGGAAGGUGGUUAAGGACCGCAGGCAUCACCUGAGGACGUAUCCCAACUGCUUUGUGGCCAAGGAGCUGAUCGACUGGCUGCUGGAGCACAAGGAGGCGUCGGACAGAGACACGGCCAUCAAGAUCAUGCAGAAACUCCUGGAUCAAAGCAUCAUCCAUCACGUUUGUGACGAGCACAAGGAGUUCAAAGACAUGAAACUGUUCUAUCGCUUCAGGAAAGACGACGGGACGUUUCCGCUGGACAACGAAGCCAAGGUCUUCAUGAGGGGACAACGGAUAUAUGAAAAGCUGAUGAUGAACACGGAGACGUCCAUCCUAGCGACUCGGGAAGAAGAGGGUGAGUCGUUUGAACGGACGCUGGUGGCCUCGGAGCUUGUUGAUUGGCUGCUGGCGGAGGGAGAGAUGGCGACCCGAGAGGAGGCGGAGCAUCUUGGACGGAGGCUUCUAGAACACGGGAUCAUGCAGCAUGUGACCAACAAGCACCACUUUGUGGAUGGAGGGCUGCUGUACCAGUUCAGACUGAACUUCAGAAGGAGACGACGUCUGAUGGAGCUGCUGAACGAGCGCUGUCGCACCAUCCCAGAGAGCCAUGACAGCCCCUUCUGUCUCCGCAAACAGAACCCAGAGGGAAGCAACACCAGCUUCCUAUCUGUGAGUCCUACUAAAGAGAUCAAGAUGAUAGUGGGUAUCCGUCGUAGCAGCAUGAGCAGCAGCUGUGGCAGCAGUGGUUACUAUAGCAGCAGUCCCACCCUCAGUAGCAGCCCCCCGGUGCUCUGUAACCCAAAGUCAGUGUUGAAGAGACAAGUGAGUCCUGAGGAGCUGCAGACCCCAGGAGGCCCUUACAUAAAGAAGACAUUCACAAUCGUGGGGGAUGCGGUGGGCUGGGGCUUCGUGGUGCGAGGCAGUAAGCCCUGCCACAUCCAGGCUGUCGACCCCAGUGGUCCCGCAGCAGCAGCUGGGAUGAAGGUGUGUCAGUUUGUGGUCUCGGUCAACGGGCUAAACGUGCUGUCUCUGGACUACAGGACAGUCAGUAACCUCAUCCUGACCGGGCCCAGGACCGUUGUCAUGGAAGUCAUGGAGGAAGCAGAUUACUGAAGAGGCAGGCGAUCACGUGGCAGGGGGUGUGGCUGAGCAGAGUAGACCCAAGGCAGACUCUAAAGACACCAUAGAGAUAGAAGUGCCUUUAUGGAACUCUGUGGGAAACUCUCUCUGGGCUUCUAACUCAAUGGGAAACUCUCUCUGGGCUUCUAACUCAAUGGGAACCUCUCUAGGCUUCUAACUCAAUGGGAAACUCUCUCUGGGCUUCUAACUCUAUGGGAAACUCUCUCUGGGCUUCUAACUCUAUGGGAAACUCUCUAUGGGCUUCUAACUCUAUGGGAAACUCUCUAUGGGCUUCUAACUCUAUGGGAAACUCUCUCUGGGCUUCUAACUCUAUGGGAAACUCUCUCUGGGCUUCUAACUCUAUGGGAAACUCUCUCUGGGCUUCUAACUCUAUGGGAAACUCUCUCUGGGCUUCUAACUCUAUGGGAAACUCUCUCUGGGCUUCUAACUCUAUGGGAAACUCUCUCUGGGCUUCUAACUCUAUGGGAAACUCUCUCUGGGCUUCUAACUCUAUGGGAAACUCUCUCUGGGCUUCUAACUCUAUGGGAAACUCUCUCUGGCCUUCUAAUUCUAUGGGAAGACUCAAGCUCUGCCAGCCACCACCCACGUCUCUUUCCUAUUGGACGCUGCUUCCCUCUGAUGGCCGCCAAUAGAACUGCUUUGAGAAGAGAGAUGGACAUUAGUUACUCUGUUAGAUACACACAUCUAGUCAUUGGUCUCCUGUCUCAUCUGUCUAGUUGAUGUUGAGACAUCAGAUGGACCCUGAUAACAUAACAGCCCCCUGCUCCUUGAUUUAGGGGACUGUGCCCUGCUGUCCCCUUCUGGUUUCUCACUGUCUCCUGUGGUCUGUGUUUUCUUUAUGUAUUGAUGGUACUACCUACCCAUGUGUGAAGCUGUUUGGGGAGAGACAGUUCUGGACCUGUCUAGAUCUGUCUGUCUUUCUCUAUCCCGGGAUGAGAUGUGGUGAAGUUGAAGACAGGCCUGAAGGAGACGGGCGGCAUAUCAUUCGGGACAGGCCUGAAGGAGACGGGCGGCAUAUAAUUCGGGACAGGCCUGAAGGAGACGGGCAGCAUAUCAUUCGGGACAGGCCUGAAGGAGACGGGCAGCAUAUCAUUCGGGACAGGCCUGAAGGAGACAGGCAGCAGAUCAUUUCGGGACAGGCCUGAAGGAGACAGGCAGCAUAUCAUUUGGGACAGGCCUGAAGGAGACAGGCAGCAUAUAAUUUCGGGACAGGCCUGAAGGAGACAGGCAGCAUAUCAUUUCGGGACAGGCCUGAAGGAGACGGGCAGCAUAUCAUUUCGGGACAGGCCUGAAGGAGACAGGCAGCAUAUCAUUUCGGGACAGGCCUGAAGGAGACAGGCAGCAUAUCAUUAGGGACAGGCCUGAAGGAGGCAGGCAGCAUAUCAUUCGGGACAGGCCUGAAGGAGACAGGCAGCAUAUCAUUCGGGACAGGCCUGAAGGGGAGAGAGACGGCAUGUCAUUCAGGACAGGCCUGAAGGAGACAGGCGGCAUAUCAUUCGGGACAGGCCUGAAGGAGACAGACAGCAUAUCAUUAGGGACAGGAGUGUGAGGCAUUAACAAGUGACUGUUCAAUCCUCUGGGCCACAUGAUGCAAACCACGUCCAACUAAUCCAGAGCUGUUUGGACGUGUGACACAGAUACCAGCCUGGUUCCACUGUGCCGUUGGCUAGAGAUCACUCACUAUACAUUGUGGCAGUUGUGUGAAGUUGGCCUUAGUUUAACCAAGCAAACAGGGUUGUAAUAUUGUUCAUGUUUAUGCAGGACUAAUUGUUGUUGAUGAUUUGUCUUUUCACUUAGGGCGAGUUUCCCGGACAACAAAUCCUGGACUAAAAAAUCUAAAUCAAUAGAUAUUCUCCAUUUGAAAGUCCAAGAUUAUUCUUUGUUCAGGAAACCGUCCUUUUGAAGACAAAGUAGGUAGCUACUGGCUAGUUAAUGAGGUAACACUUGACUGGAUGGUUCUACUGUCUGUAGGCCUGAAUAUCAUGAUUAUAAUUACCACAUAAAGGAUAGGACUCGAUAUGUAGACCUAAAGGAUAUGUAGACCUAAAGGAUAUGUAGACCUAAAGGAUAUGUAGACCUAAAGGAUAUGUAGACCUAAAGGAUAUGUAGACCUGAAGGAUAUGUAGACCUGAAGGAUAUGUAGACCUAAAGGAUAUGUAGACCUAAAGGAUAUGUAGACCUAAAGGAUAUGUAGACCUAAAGGAUAUGUAGACCUAAAGGAUAUGUAGACCUAAAGGAUAUGUAGACCUAAAGGAUAUGUAGACCUGAAGGAUAUGUAGACCUAAAGGUUGCGCCUGUAACAACUACCUUCACUCUGUCAUGACACAACGAACUAUUACCCAUCAGGCCCCUUUCCCAGACAUGCAUUUUGCUUCGUCUUGGACUAGAAAGCAAGCUGAAGGGAGAAUCUCCCGUUGAAAGAGCUUUUUGGUCCAGGGAAUCUGCUCAUGGUGAUAUAAAUGGGGUGGUUUGCAUAGUUUUCUAAGAUUUAUAAUGUGUAAUGACCGUGAUGAGUCUGUUUCUUUAGCUCCGGCAUUGAGGCCUAUGAUGACACCCACCUGUUACCAAUAGCCGAAUGUGGAUGUCUUAUAUCCACUAUAGUCCCUAGUCUUUCAGAAGUGGCAUGUUCCACACUACCGUCAAUUCUAUAAUAUAUGGAUAUGUUAAUAUAUAUAUAUAUAUAUAUUUAAUGUAGAUCUGUGUAUGGAUGUAGGCUGACUAAGGCACUUUAAAAAUGAAAAUAACUGCAUCAGUUUGUUUUCUAGUUAAAAUGUCAGAAAAUGGAUAGUGUGUUAAGACGUCACGAUACUGUACCAUCCUGAAACAUAAACACAUGAUGAUCAACCCUUUCUAUUCGCCAUCAGACCCGGUUCUACUUGUAUUUAAGAAGGAGAAAGGGGUUUUAUUUCGGUAGCUAGCUGUGAAUUUAAAGUAGAAGAACUAUUGGUGGCACGAGAGAAACAAUCUAUGGCAGUAUUUAAUAACAGAGUCAUCUGUAGCUCAGUGUACCAGGGUCAACUGUGGUCUUAUGACAUCAAUUCCUGGUCAGAUAAAGUAGCCUAGGUUCAUUGUAAGAUUUAAUAAUAAAAUAAUAGCAGUACAAGCUCUAUGUUCAUCUUUCUUCGAUAUGCAGUGUUGUUGUUUACCAUAAUGUCAAGCCUCAAAUCAUCAGGUUUGAUUUUAGAUUUUUUUUUUUAAAACAGUCACUUUUUGACAAGCUAGGAUUCUGUCUCUUUUUAUAAUGUGCUUACGUGUGUAAAGCAACUAAAUGCAUCAUACACUUACAUAGUUUCUUGAAUGUAGUGCUUGCUAACGAUCCAGGGUUCUUUUUUCAGGACUGAUAUAUCAAUGGUUAAGCUCUCACUAUGAACAUUAGACAUCAGUGAUUGGGUGAAUGGUUGCUCUCACUAUGAACAUUAGGCAUCAGUGAUUGGGUGAAUGGCUGUUCUCACUAUGAACAUUAGACAUCAGUGAUUGGGUGAAUGGCUGCUCUCACUAAGAACAUUAGACAUCAGUGAUUGGGUGAAUGGCUGCUCUCACUAAGAACAUUAGACAUCAGUGAUUGGGUGAAUGGCUGCUCUCACUAAGAACAUUAGACAUCAGUGAUUGGGUGAAUGGCUGCUCUCACUAAGAACCUUAGACAUCAGUGAUUGGGUGAAUGGCUGCUCUCACUAAGAACAUUAGACAUCAGUGAUUGGGUGAAUGGCUGCUCUCACUAAGAACAUUAGACAUCAGUGAUUGGGUGACCCACUGCAAUGCAUGAGGUUUUCGUGGUAUGUUGGUUUUACACAUUUCUACUCCACCACCUAGUUUCAUGUUAGUCCUGUAAUGAAUUAUUGGUUCUGCCAUACUAGGAAAGGCUUGUGUUGUUUGGUUAAGCAAGAACUUAGAGAAAUUCACAUUACAAUGAGUCAUUUUAAUACUUCAGCUGUUUUUGGUUCCACUUUACUGAAAGCAUCCAGGGUAAAACGCAUGAUAACGUGUUAUUACCAUGAGCCUUUUAUAAUGUCUUAUCAGGCUUAUAAAAAUGCUUAUCCUGUAUUAACACCUGUGUGUUUUAAACAGACACAAUGACCAGAAAGAGCUGGAAAUCCAGUCACUAUUGGAACUUCUUAAAUGUGCCAUGUUAUACAUCUUGAAACAUUUGCCUUAACUUUUUGUGAUUUUGCUGCACGUCUUCUUUUCAGUUGGUGGUCGUUUUUAAUAUUUGAAUAUCUUCUCCUUAAUUAAAGGGUUCACUAUGCAAUCCUCUUCCUGAUCUGUCUUACUAUAUUAACCUUCUGCUGAUUAUUUUACAGACUGGACAUCUUUUAUUUUAUUCUUGACAAUCAGUGUUUUCUUGAUACACAAGGUCUGAGUUUCCAAAUGUUAGUGCACUACUUUGGACCAGGGCCCAGUGGUGGGGGUGGGGGGGGUUAUAUCACUAUAUAGGGAAUAGAAUGCCAUUUGGGACGCUACGGAGAUCUGAACAGCACAAUGACCUGACGGCAGUACGGAUAGAGAUACAACCUGCCACGUACUCUCUGCUUCAUAGAAGGUUUUACUAAUGGUAAUGAAUCUAUGACUUUUUGAUUAAAAAAUAUUUAAAAAAUCUGUUUAUUUUUACCAAUCAGUCAGCAGCUCAUUUUAAAGGGAUUCAUUCAUCUACAGAUCAUUAUGUUCCUAAAAUAAUCUAUGUACAUUAAAUGAUCUAGAUUACACUCUGGGCUCACCAAGUGACUAUAUAAAGGCUCUAAUAGCAGUUUGUGUACAUACAUUUUAUAAAAUACAUUGUGUGGAUGAAUGAAUGUCAGGAUAAUGAAAAUAAAUAAGUUCACGUCUGGCAUCACAUCUGGCAUCACGUCUGUGUUGUGCAAUGCAGCUAAAGGCAUAAAGUUCAUAUGUAAAGUUCACAAUGUAAAGUUCAUAUGUGUUUUAAUAAACAUACUGGUUUGGUUCAA